AUGACAUGCCCUGCUUGGAACGAUCUAUGUCAGCAACCCACACUCACCGUCUCCACUGAAAAAUACGCGCAACUUGUCUACGAUUCAACCAAUGAACUCCAUCAACCUGUUCAAUCGAUCUUGUCAGCUUUAGAUCGACGCGCCAUGGGAUUGGCAAAGCUUGCCCAUUUCGAGUCUGCCCUUCGCGAUGCCGACGUUAUGCAACACCUCUCGCCCUCUUCACCACUUGGAUACUUACGCAAAGCUAUCAUUUAUGGUGAACAAGGGAAACAGCGUCAUGUCAUCGAUAUUUGUAACCAGGCACUCGCCAUUGUUGAUACCACGAAUCCAGGCUAUCUCACAUUGCAACAAGCUAAGGCGGAUGCCGAGGACCAGCUGAAGACACGCAUUGACUUUAUUAAGGAGCUUCCUUUCGACAUUCUUUCUACAACCCUUAUUCCCAUGUUAAUGGGCGAUUCGCCUUUGGAUAUCGUGAUUCCAUGUCCCUAUUUGUAUGUGUCAAACCUAUGGUGUGAUUCUAUUAUACAAUGCUCUGGUGGAUUAUGUUUCAAGUCCGAGUAUCAAGCUGAAUUUGGAGACGAAUAUGACGAGGAUAAGGCCAGGCAAUUGGUCACGUUUGCACGGCAUACACAGUCAUUGGAUAUUUAUGCACAUUGCGAAGGAACGUGGGUAGUUGAUGUACUGCGGGAGAAUGACUUUUCCUCUCUACAAAAGCUAUACCUUCGUGAUUUUUACAGCUUCUAUAUUGAAGACUUUAUUUCGUCGUUCCAAUCAAUCGGCAACACAUUGACGCAUUUGGAAUUUGAUCAGGAGCAUAUGAUACUUGCACCAUCCGACCUAUUGGUAGCAUGCCCCAAUUUGGUUUCCUUCUCAUUGUGGCAAACCUUUCCUGCCAGUUUCAGCUCUUUACCCAUGAAGAUGACAUGGCCCAAGAUGACCACUCUAUCUAUUCGCUAUGGAGAGGGGGCUGUUUCAGAUGAUGAGAUAAUAAGCAUAUCCCAGCGAUUUCCAGCACUCCAAAGGCUUACCCUGAAUCCAUGUUUUGGUAUCCGAUCGGCGUUUAUGGCCUCCCAGUACUACCCUGCAAUGAAUGGUAUUGAGAUUGAUAUUUCAAAUUGGUCGGUGCACGCUACCUUAUUUAACCGAGGGACCGGUUAUCAAGAACUUGCGGUGACAAGGCUUUGCAUUUCUAAGGAGAAUUGGGCAGAUGGGGGUGGCUCUUUUAUGGAUACCAGCUCGAUAUUGAAGCAGCAUCAAAAAGCACUUGAGGAUAUCAAAUGGAAGAUUUUCAGUACCACGAGACAAAACGACGAGGUUCACAACGUUGAUGACUUUGCCAACAUCCAGUAUCCUAGGCUGAAGAAGCUCUCUCUGCUGCAUGGUGGAUGGUGGAUGCUACCCAAUGCCCCCAUGAUUGAAGAAUUGGCUUUAUCGUCGCGAACGAUCAACACACACCCUGAAGUGCUUGGUACAAUACCACCCAAAUUGGAAAGACUCGUAUUGGACUUUGAUGAUUGGCACAACCUUCAGGACAGCAACAGCGUAGUUUAUUAUCUAUAUCGCGUAUCCCAGCAAUGUCAACUACAUGAACUUUCGAUCCGCUUUGACAAUUCGGAAAAUGCUGGCAAUGUACUGGAUGCUAUCGAUUGUUUGAAUCACCUUCAAUCUCUGAUAAUCAGAUUCAACUGUGAUUGGAGCGAGUAUCAAAUGGAAGCCUUUGUUGAACGUAUUGCCAAUGGAUGUUCUUUGCUAUCUUUCCUUCAGCUCAAAUGCCACAACGCUCCAUCAACGCAUUCAAUCUCUACAUUGAAACGAUUUCGAUUCUUGAAGCAAUUGGGACUUUCAGUGAGUGGUACAGAUGGCCAUGUCAGCUUUUGGCGUGCUCUUGGAAGCUUGUCACAGCUCAGCUCUAUUCAGAUGUACCCCAAGUAUGCGGUCAACAAGCCCGAAGUCCAGCAGCUUAAGAAACAGAUACCUCACGUGGAGGUUACCUCCGAAUACCAUUGA